AUGGAGUUGAAUUCAGUGAUUUUGACGGCGGGUGGCUCUAUUGGAUUUUUUAAACUUGUCAAUUGUGGUGUCAGUAAACUCCCUAUACCUGAGUCUGCUUGCAGAAACGCCUGGAAAUGGAGAAAUGUAUGCACAUCUUUCACACACAGUCUGAUAACUGGGAUAUGGGCUGUACUGUGUUUUUUCGUACACCCACAGAUGGCCGAAGAUUUGAUAGGAACCCAUUCUGUGUUCUCGCAUGCGUUGGUUUCUGUAUCAAUCGGUUACUUCAUCUAUGACUUCCUUGAUAUGGUGCUUAACCAGAAGAUGAUCCUGUCAUGGGAGCUCCUAUUCCAUCACACAGUGGUGAUCAGCUGUUUCGGCAUCGCCGUCCUGACCGGUCGCUAUGUUGGAUUUGCUGUGGUCGCCCUCCUGGUUGAGAUCAACUCUGUGUUCCUCCACCUGCGGCAGAUCUUACGCAUGGCCAGCCUAGCAGCGGGCGACCUCUACCGCAUCAACAGCAUGGUCAACCUAGGUACCUACGUGGUGUUCCGGAUCAACACCCUGGCCUGGAUGACCCGCUGGCUGGUCCUGAACCGGGAAAACGUCCCCCUGUUCAGCUACACAGCUGGGAGUGUAGGGCUUGCCAUCAUGACCGCCAUGAAUAUAGUCCUGUUCUACCGCCUGCUGAGGUCUGACUUCCUCAAGAGUAGUGCACCCAUGCCCACAGAGGUUAAAGAGAGUAGAGGGCAAGGAGAGGGAAAGAAGGAGAUGUAG